AUGAAGUUUUUGCUGUGUAUCGUCAGUGCUUUAACUUUAGGGGGACUUUGCAACGCGAACUACUGUCGAGAUGCAAAUUUAUGCUGUCCCGGCAGAGAUAGUUCCUGUGUAGUGCAGAAAGCUCACCAAAAUGCGAUAAUAGAGGAUUUAACGGAUAAGCCGUGCUACUGUGACCACGCUUGCUUGAAAUUGGGAGACUGCUGUCCUGAUUUUAGAGAAACGUGCGGAGUGCUGGAUUGCGUCGUGUCUGGAUGGGACGAAUGGUCAGAAUGUGACACAGCGUGUGGGUCAGGUAGCAUGGUGAGGAGCCGACGAAUCAUUCAAGCACCAGCUCAUGGUGGCCGUCAUUGCCCAUCACUAGUGCAGCGUCGUGCAUGUCAAAGUCAUCAUGGAUGCAACGCUGAUAGUGAUGUACCAUUGCGAGAGGAGUCAGCUAUGAUUUUGCCGGGUGGUUUAUCCGUCAGCCGACACUCUAAUGAAACUGUGGACAUCAGAAAAAACUUGCGCAUACGCAACCCUGACGAUCCUGAGUCCAAUUCACAUAGAGAAUACUGCGUUCAGUUCGAUGUGACCAAAGUGUCAAAGGCGUGUCACACAGACUCAGAUUACAAAGCUCUGCGCGAAGGUAAAACAGUUUGUGUGAUGUGUGAAGCGGCGGCCCUUCGUCGUGAUCUCAAUUGGCGGUGUGGUGGGCACGGCGUGUCGGGUCAUGCU